AUGAAACGAGCAUUGCCACCUCAAGCAAAGGUUUCAAAGGAGUCCAAAGAGUGCAUGCAAGAAUGCGUUUCCGAGUUUAUUUCCUUCAUUACUAGUCAGGCUUCGGAUCGCUGCAUGCGAGAAAACCGCAAGACCUUGAAUGGCGAGGACAUACUAUGGUCAAUGUACACAUUGGGGUUUGAGAACUAUGCAGAGACACUAAAGAUCUAUUUGGCAAAAUACAGACAGUUGAAUGACGAGAUCGAACAGUUGUUAUUCCAAGAGCCAUCUCAACUAACAAGUGAAGACAUUCAAGAACAAUUUACUCAAGUAUACAACGAGGGAUCUUAUUUUGGAGAGGACUUGGAACUCUCGCAAAACCAAGCUAACGAAAAAUUGCAAAAUACAAAAACAUUGUCAAGUCUUAAUUGA